AUGCUAACCGGUGAUGGCACAAGUAAUAACGCAGACAUGGCGCAGACUAUAUUUGUUGUAGUCCUGUGCCUGGCUGUUGCUCUUGGGAAUGCGACAGUGAGAGUACGUCGUGGGUAUGGAGCUGGUGCUGAUCACGGUGGUGGUAGCUAUGGCGGCGGCGGCGGGGGUUACGGCGGCGGAUACGGAUUCGGAGGUGGCGGAGGGGGAGGAGGAGGGGGAGCAGGUCCCUUUGGAGGCGGCGGCGGCGGUGGUGAGGCUGGAUUCGACUCGAUAGGCAAAGGCAUCCAGUCUAUACUAGGCAAAGUGCAGGAAGGAUUCGGUAACUUAGCUCGAGGCGCCGCGGGUGCUGCACGUAGUGGAAAUGGAAGGUUCAUCAGUACUCAAUCAGAUGAUGGCAAAUCCGGAGGUUUCGCUUUCACUGGCUCAUUGGACGGUGGAAAUGGAGGUUAUGGAGGUGGAGGUGGUUACAGUGGAGGCGGCGGUUACGCAGGCGGCGGAGGCUAUGGAGGGAGCGGUGGAAGUGGUGGAUACAGCCACGGUGGCGGCUCGAAGGGUGGAUUAGUAUCUGGAUCUGGAGGAGGCGGGGGAUUAGGGGGUGGUUCCGGUGGCGGCGGAGGAUACGGUGGCAGUGGAGGACUAGGAGGUCAUAGUGGAGGUGGAAGUAGUGGCCUGGGUGGUCACGGUAGCAGUGGAGGUUUGGGAGGAGGUAGCGGUUUAGGCGGAGGCGGUGGAUUUGGUGGCGGUGGUGGCUACGGAGGCGGCGGCAGCAGUGGCCUAGGAGGGGGCCUCGCAGGAAGCGGUGGCAGUAGUGGCCUAGGAGGGGGCCACGGAGGAAGCGGUGGCAGUGGUGACGUAGGAGGGGGCCACGGGGGAAGCGGUGGAUUUGGCGGCGGUAGCGCAGGUGGUGGUGGUGGUGGCUACGGAGGCGGCGGCGGCAGUGGUCUAGGAGGGGGCCACGGAGGAAGCGGCGGCAGUGGUGGCCUAGGAGGGGGCCACGGAGGAAGUGGAGGCUUAGGCGGCGGUGGGUCAGGAGGUGGUUUUAACCAUGGCAGUGGUGGGUCAUCUGGACAUGGUGAUGUACUCGGUGGAGGCGGAUAUACCGGUGGAUUAGGAGGCGGGUCCGGGAAUGGUUUAGGAGGAGGAGGAGGAGGAGGAGGAGGCUUAGGUGGUGGACACGGCGGCGGCUUAGGAGCAGGUCAUGGCGGAGGCUUAGGAGGUGGUCAUGGCGGAGGCUUAGGAGGUGGGCUAACUUCUGGUUCAGUUGGUGGAUAUGGAGGCAGUGGAGGUAGCGGAUGCACCUCAGGUUGUGGUGGAUCAGGUGGAUAUGGAGGCGUUCAUGUGUCCGCUAGUGCUAAAGCCUCAGCCUCAAGUAGCUCCUCCGGAGGCUAUGGUAAAUGA